AUGGCUGGUGGACGUUACCACGUUUGCAAGAAGUGCGGCCCGGCCAGCUGGAUCUUCGCGGCAAAGGUGCCCAAGUUCCCCAAGUGUCAGUGGUGCGGAACUAAGUGGCCAACGGAUGUGCCCACCCCCAAGAUCUGGUCCAAGCCGGAGCCUAAGCCCCGACCUCGCAAGCCCAAGACCAACAAGGUCCAUGACUGCUUGCGGAAGGUAUGGGACACUCUUCCUGAAGAGGCCUGUGUGCAGCUGAAAGAGGCUGGGUUUGAAGCCAAGCCGGCUCGCACUGAGGAUGUGGAUCUUGUUGCUCUCCUGCAGCAGCAUGUCGGAGACCUUCCCCAGGUCAUCGUGGACGCCCUGCCGGCUACCCCAACCCCGGACCCUCGCCAGGAGGGAAAAGAGGCUGGGGAUGUUCUUCGCAGCUCGGUUGGCAAGCUCCGUGAUCUGGGCCAGAGGAAAUUGAGACUGCAGGAGGAGAUCGACACAGCCAAGGACAACUUGCGAGCAAUGCUUCACAAGAUGCAGGACAUCCAGAAUGCCAUCGAGGAGGCAAAGGUGGAAGUCGCGAAGACCACCAAGGAAUAUGAAGACAAGGUGGUCAAGCAUUGCGCGGAAGAGGUCAACAAUGGAGUGGAAUCUGUUCUGCAGGCUUUGGGCAUGCAAGAGGCCAGCCUUACCGAAGAGCAAAAGAGGAAGCUGGAAGCUCUUAAGUCCGAUGAAGCCAAGCGCAGACGCAUGCAGGUCGAUCCAGGCCUUCCCCCGGGUCUGCCACCCUCGCAGGCCUCGGUGAUGCCGGACCUCGCAGCACGAGGCCGAAGCCGAACCCCGCCAGGGGGAGCAGUGGGGGGCCAGGCCCCGGGUCUGGCAUCGCAGACGGGUUAG